AGAUCAUCAGCAGCGAUCUGCAGUCGUGGCCAGUUGUAGAUCCAUCUCAAUAACUAUAGGUUUUUGCUGUGUCGGUCGAUCGAUUGUUCGGUGGGUCCAAACAUCUUCUGGCUGUUGCUUGUGUUGAUCACUACUCACGAGUGUAGUGCAGUAGAGAGAGAGAGAGAGGAGUUUAUGGUCUCAGCACAGCGAAAUUGGUAAUUGGUAUUGGUCGAAUGGUCGUUUAGUGGGCCAGAGCUAGUUUUCCUCUCAUUUCGUUUAAUAACGUAAGGCGUGCGGCACGCAGUUCCGUGGCACGAUAAUUUUUGUGUUCAAUGUUUGCGGUGACUGACUGGCCCGAGCUAUUGAAAUACGCAGCAACAACAACAACAAAUCACAGAAACAGAAAACUAAAUUAAAUCAUUAUUUUUGCUACUUGUUCGGUUUGUGCAAAAAAAAACGACGACAACAACAACAAAGACAACAAGCAAACUAGCAUACAAAAGAAAAAUGGCCAAACAUGAUUAAUUGUUGUUGGCUUCUUCAAACCACCGACGAAAAAACAUCUCCCACUACCCCAUCGAAUACAGAGACAUUCGGCGUGCCACAGCCAUCACCAAAACACCAAUACAUUUAGAGCAUUAGAGAUAAUACGAGAACAGUCCUACAUUCCUCCAUCUUCUUCUUCUACUUCUGCUUUGACUUAUUCUUUAUGCUCAUCAAGUGAUUAAAGAAAAUCCACGUUCAUCAUUCAAAAAUCGCUUCGCUUCGUUUCGUAUCGUUGUGCUUCGGCCCGUCGUCGUUUUCAUAAUUUACAUUGAUGACAAUGUUGAGGAUAAUGAUGACGAUGUCCAUGCGCAUGAUGAAGACGACGAGAAUUGCAAGCCGCAGUUAGAAUUUUUCUUUACAACUAUUGUGUCCCCAGCAAUACGUAUGGUCGAAAGGAAAUAAACAAAAACAAUACCCCCACACAAAACUCACUCCCCUACUACAACGAAAAAGAGAGGAAAGCAAGAGAGCGAAAUCGAGCAAGAAAGAGAGCGAGGACACACCGACACAAUAAUAACUGAAUUAAGGAAGCGCCGCGCAUAGAAUGCCGUACAAAUCAAUUUUUAAAAAUUGUUCGCGUUACAGUGAAAAUCAAGCGUCAAAUGCAAAGGUUAAGAAACAUCGACUAAAUAAAAAAACAAAAAAUAAAAACCAAUAAAACCAAAGAGAAGCAUACAAGAAAGUAUCAAAGUUUAAAUAACCACACAUAAAAUCAGCAAUAAAAAGUGCAUACAUCUAUAAGCCAAUUGUAUACAUAUAUAAAAAACAAAAAACAAAAACAAAUAUAUAUAAGAAAAAAUAUUAAAUAUAAAGUUAAAAGAAAACAAGCAAAACGAUUAAGAGAUUUUUCUAACGAAACCAACUGAAACAAGGAGAGCAAAGGCAGAUCAUUUAGAAUACAACAUCAUUUUUAUGAAAUUCCAUCUCACAUAGCCCCAAAAUCUAAGCCAUAUAGCCCUACUACGCUCACACGCUCGCAGCCAAAACAGAGGAAUCAAACGCCAACGAGUAGCUAUCUCAAAUGCCCCCCAGCAUUAUAGACGUAGAUAACAUACAAGAUAUAUUGCAACUGAACAAGUCAAUGAAAAAUUGUCGAAAACAUAAAAGACUAAAGUAUUCCAGAGAACCCAAAGAUCCCAAGGACCCAAGGAUCCUCUUACGAUUAUAAUCUACAAUUGAAACAAAUUUUGAAAUUAAAACCACAACAACAAAAAAAAAACAAAAAACAUCAAACAACAGCAAAACAUCAAAUAGCGAAGGGAAGCAUAGGUCAUGCAACAAGCUGAUCCCACACAUCAACAGCAGCAGGCAAAUGGGGGUAUUGGUCUGGGAGCAGAUGCUGCCAAUGCCUACAACAAUGCCAACAAUCAAAAUGCCGGCAAGAGAGCAACUGUAAGUGGUGGCCGUUUUGAUUUUGAAGAUGGCGGCACCUAUUGCGGUGGCUGGGAUGAGGGCAAAGCCCAUGGACAUGGCGUGUGUACGGGGCCCAAACAUCAGGGUGCCUAUGCCGGUGCCUGGAAUUAUGGCUUUGAAGUGUCUGGAGCGUAUUUGUGGCCAAGCGGUUCCCACUACGAGGGCCAAUGGCAAAAUGGUCGUCGCCAUGGCUUAGGUGUCGAACAAGUGGGUCGUCAAAUUUAUCGCGGCGAAUGGUCCAAAGAAGGUCACAAGGGUCGUUAUGGUGUACGAGAGAGCACUGUGUCGACGGCCCGUUAUGAAGGUACCUGGAAUUUGGGCUACCAAGAUGGCUAUGGUUGUGAAUCGUAUGCCGAUGGAGGUAAAUAUCAAGGACAGUGGCAAGAAGGCAAACGACAUGGCUAUGGUAUACGAACAUCGGCUCCCUUUGGUUUGGCCUCACAUCAUCGACGCAAAGAUGUGCAUGCCUCCAUGGCCUCACUACGGAGUACAGAGAAUACCGGUCCCGGUACAACCAAGGGCAGUGCACGUGGCGAAGAGGUGCGAGGGGGCUUUGUGCUUACCGCUCGUUCAGACAAAACGCCACAAAGGCGCAAUAGCUUGACGGACAAAACGGGGAAAAAGGGUUUCUUAUCGGGUCUGAAAAUGCGCAAGCAACGCAGCACUGGUGAUUUAGCCACUCGUGGUACUUUGGCCUCGGGCAGCAUACGCUCGACCAUGUCCACCGCCUCAUGGCUUAGUACAGGAUCCGAGCAAUCCAAUUUGACAGCCAGAUCCGUUCACACCGAAUCUAAUGCCAGCUUUACCAUGGAGGAUGAUCAGCUGGAUCCCACCACCGUGGAGACCUACAUGGGUGAGUGGAAGAAGGAUAAACGCUGUGGCUUUGGUGUGGCCGAACGCAGCGAUGGCCUCAAAUACGAGGGUGAAUGGUAUAACAAUAAGAAGCACGGCUAUGGUGUGACCACCUUCCGUGAUGGCACCUUCGAGGAGGGCAAAUACAAGAACAACAUCCUAAUCACCAGCCAAAAGAAGAAGCAUUUGUUUAUAGCCCGCUCCCGCAAAUUCCGGGAACGCAUUACCGCCUCCGUGUCGUCGGCCCAAAGGGCCCUUAAAAUGGCCAUGCAACGUUCCGAUAUAGCGGUCUCGCGCACCGCCACAGCCAAUGCCAAAGCUCAAUGCGCCGAUGUGGCUGCCGAACAGGCCCGUGUCGAUUGCGACAUGGCCGUGCAAAUGGCUCGUGAUUUUGCUCCAGACUUUAAGCCCACUGUGCUGGAGCGUUUCGAUAAGUUACGCUAUCGCGAACGCUACAAGUCACCCAUCUAUCCGGCGGCUGGAGGUGCAGGCGAUAUGUUUGCCGGCAAUACAGCUGCCCACAGGGCCAUGGCCCAACACAAGGGCAUGCAGGCUCAACAGGCUGCCGAGUUUCCGGUACCCAGCUCUAUGUACUCGCAACAAUUGCCAGUUGCUCCGCAAACCGAUCUGUCAUCAAUGGUGAAUCAGUCCUCACAACUGAGUGCCAUCAAUAACAUCAAUCAGAUGUAUCAUCAGCAACAAAGCAAUCCUCAAAUGAAUCCCGCAUAUCAAUAUCAGCCACAACAGCCGCCCGGAAGCAACCUGAGCGGGGCAGGAAGUAGAAUGAAUUUGAAUCAAAGCUAUUCGGCGCACAGUAAUUUGAGCAGUAGUGGCAGCCCGGGAAUGAAGCAAAUGCAGACGGACAACUUGACCUUCCAGAAUGCAGAGGCAACGCACACCUUUACCAAUAUGCAGCAACAACAACAGCAGGCAUAUCAGCAGCAACAAGAACAGCAGCAGCAGCAGCAACAAUUGCGGCAACAGCAAAUGCAACAGCAGCAGCAACUGCAACAGCAAUUGCAGCAACAACAGCAAUUACAACAACAGCAGCAGCAGCAAAUGCAACAGCAACAACAGAGAAAUCAAUUGCAUCAAUCCCAAACGAAUUUGGACUCUCCCAUGUACAAUACGAGUCAAGCGGCCAGAAAUCAACUCCAUCAAUCGCAAACGAAUUUGGACUCACCCAUGUACAAUGCCAGUCAAGCUCGCCGACCCUCGCAAAUGUUAUACCAUCAACAGCAAUUACAACAACAGCAACAGCAGCAGCACCAUCAAAUGCAACAGGACCAAAUCGAUAGUAUGCCCAGAUCGGGCAAAGCUCCCAUGUUGGGACAAAGUAGUCAACAAUCAUCAAUCGAUCAUUUCGAUCAUUACAAACGUCCCCCCAGUAGAGACUCAUCCAUAGAUCGUUAUGCUCGUGCCGCCAGCCGUCUGAGUGGUGGUAUUGCAUCACGUCAAGCCUCUGUGGAUCGUUCGGCAGCAGCCACAACAGCCACCGUGGCCAAUGACUCGAACUCUGUAACGCAGGAGCAGAGGCCACGGGCUGGUUCGGUAUUUCGUGGCUCCACGCCGGUACCAUCGGCUGGUAAUACGCCCACGGCUACGACGGGCAAUGGAUCGGUUCCAACUGGUUCGGGACGUUUGUCGCGUGCCGGUACACCCAGUUUUAGUGCGAGCAUCACAACGGGGCCUGGCAUGGGCACGGAUGGCAUGUUUUCCAAACCCAAUCAACCAUUUGAAGAUAUACUCCUGGCUAAGCGUACGCUGGGACAGGAUAUCAUUCCCUCGCCCUCGCAGCCCAAGCGCACCGAGAGUCUGUAUAUGCCAGCCAAGCCGGCAUCGCCUUUGGCCGCCGCCGGUGGUGGUGGUGGCAAUAAGAAGUUGAAGAGCGUUCCUAUCAAUGUAACGCUGCAACGUAAAAAAUCUUUGCCCGAUGUCCAAGAACUGCCACGUGCUACAGAGGCUAUGAGCCGCGAAGAGGUAUCCGCUUUGGGCUCAGCUAGACGCGAAGCGGUACGACGACAAAUCGAAAUGAAUGAAAAGCUCAAAGCGAAUCCAUUGUUAUAUCUCGUCAGUCCACAAGUAAAAGAUUGGUUCUCACGACAACAGUUGGUGCUAUUGGUGCUUUUUGUAAAUAUCAUAUUGGCCAUAAUCUUUUUCAAAAUGCUGACAUAGCGAACACUUACGCCGCCAUCACAGCCACCUUCUACAACCCAAUUGUUGCACAGACAGACGACGACAAAGUUGCAGAAUAUGCAAAAUUUUAAUACAACUUUUUUUCGACUAGACUCAGUUUUUCUUAGCCAUGGAGAAGCUCCACAUCGAUAUCAUCAUCGAAGGCCAACAAAACCCAAGUCAAGGGGUCUUUAGUGAAACACCCUUUUUAGACACAAGCAUACAAACAGACAACCACUACAUACUGCUAUAUGCAUACAUAUAAAAAAAUUUUAACUUACAUAGACACUGAAAGAAAAGGGUGCUUGAUGAGUAGAGAAUGGGGCUCCAUUAUUUUUACUACUAUUUUUUUUUUUUGUAAAUCAUUUGAAUUUAAACAAAUGUUUUAUUUAUUUUUCUAAAUAUAAAAUAAAUAAAAAAAAAUAUUUUAUAUUUAUAUAUACUAUAUAUACAAUACAAACACACAUACAUAUAUAUAUAAAUAUAAAUAAAUAUAUCUAUAUAAAUAUUAUUUAGCAUUUGCAGUAAAUAUUUGUAAAAAUCCCCCUUAAAAAAAAAAUCAUGAAGAACAAAGAAAAACAAAAACAAAAACCAACUUCAAAUACUUAGACUGCAAAAUUGUCAAACACAAGAAAAAGAACUUGAAAAACUUAUUAAAUUAUUAAUUGUUAUUUAAAAAAACAACACAUAUGGGAAAUUAGAAAAAAAUAUAAUAUGUACAUUGUAUAUAUUUUAAUUUUAAAUUAAAAAAAAAACAACAAAACAAAACCCCCUCUUUUUGAAAAACUCAACACACAUAUAGGCAAAAUUUGUUAUAAUUCGGCAAAGGAAAGCAAGAAAACAAGUAUAGAAGCAUUUCAUUUUGAGAAUGCUCUAAACCUCUCCCACUCUCCCACUCACUUACCUUGACUUAUCUUGCGAAGAUUUAGUAUACAAAUCAAUGAAAGAGAGAGAAGCAAAACAAACAAAAAAUCUAAAACGAAUUUUAUAUACUUUCUAAAAGAUCUAGUAUAUCGAUUUAGCAAAAAUUUUCAAUAAAAAAAAAAAACAAAAAAAAAAACAAAAUUAGAUUUUUUUCAAAUUCAAAAAUAACGAGAAAAUCAAUUUUUGAAGCCACAACAUACAACUACACCAUACUACACUACUCUAUGCUACAUCUUAACAUGAACAUACGUACUACACACAUACACCUACAUACAUACACACUCUUACAUAUAUAUAAAUAUUUUAUAUGAAAUUCGUCUAACAAUCGCCCUCCAUCCAUACAUUUUGGUCAUCGUAACCUUGUCACCCAUUCAUGAUGUGAUCAUUAUAAUGCAGAAGUUGUUGAAUGAACCGAACAGCCUCGAUUAUAGUGAGUUUGUAUGAAAUGUUAAACUGAAAUGCAUUCAAAGUAUCGAUCGAUUUAUGUUUAUGUUAGUACAUACAUAUUUAUUUUCAAACCAAAACAAAACAAAACUUACUAUUAUUUUUUUCGGCUUAAUUUAUUUAUUUAUUUAUUUAUUGAUUUUUGUUAACAGUCCUUCUAAGUUAUAUGAUGAAUUUGAACUGUUCAGUUAGUAAAUUUUGUAUUUAUUAAUAAAAAUUUAUUUGCAAGACAUCUUAAA